AUGACCGCCGGGACGACAAACACAGGGACGCCUGCGCCGCCCAUGAACCCACCGCCGGCGGGCCAGCAUCAGCAACCAGUAUUAACGACGGGCGGAGCAGCGGCAGCGGGUGAGCAGCAGCUGCAGCUUGCGGUGGGUGGAGUAGCUGGCGCAGCUGUAUCAACAACUGUACCACCACCACCACCUGCUCCCAUGGCCGCGGCGACCGGAACAAUUCCGCCAAAUCAGGUUAGUAGCAGUGGAACACCAGGAGCGAUAUUGGCCAGUACUGGAAUAGUCACAACAGCAGCAGCAGCAGGGGAUCCGGCAACAGCUCCACCACCAGGCAGUGGCAAAAAUGCGACAAGUACUACUAUGGGCAGUACAACAAGCACGGGCAUUAAUCAGCAUCAAAAAGGAGCUGCUGUAGCUUCAGUGGUGAACAACGCAACUGCGACGGCACCACCAGCACCAGCCAGCCAGUUCGUGAUGAGUCAGUUUGGCGCCACGCCGCUGAUCACCGGAGCCGCAACCCCCGCGGGGACCCCGGUGUUCCAGUUCCAGCAACACCCACCGUCCGCACCGAAACACAAUAAUUUCGGCGCCAAAAAGGCCAUGAAGAACGCACCUGCGUCGUCUUCAAAUAGCGGGCCUUCCAGACCCUCGAACAAGCCGGGGGUGAAUCCUCUGCAGCCUUUCAACAAAAACAAACACAUCACGCAGGUGACGCACCAGGGGGUAAGUGUGCUCACACAGGAUGAAGUGGCGAAGAGAUCUCCGGUGGUGGUUGCGGUUGGUGGAGGUGGACAACCUCCUCCUCCGCCGCCAGCUGGUGAUAGUAACUACACAGCGGGUGAGCAGCAGCAGCAGCAGCAGAAGGAUCAUCAACAUUCACGCCAGCCCAAGAACCCCAAGAACCCCCACCAGCAGAAUUAUAACAACAACAAGAUGAAGCUACCAGUGCAACGGCCUGGAAUCCUGAUGAGCCAUUCCAGUGGCGGCCACGCGUCCGGUAACGAGGCACAGAAAGUGAUGACGACCGGUCCGACUACCGCGGGAGGGGGCAACAGCAGCUCAUCUGGGGGUGGAACAGGAACUGCCACGGCGCCAAUAAACGGCGCAGCAGGAGGUGGGAACAGCAACCACAGUAACCAGCAGGGCUACAAGAGUAAUGCAUACAACACUGGUGGUACUACCUCGAGCAGCUCUAGUAAUAAACAUCAAGGACACAACUACAACAAUCAAGGAGUCGGAGGCAACGCCGCAACCGCAAGUAGCAAUCAAAAUAAAGCGCCCAGCACCAGUACGUCGCAACCGCAAACGGGGAUGAACAAUAAGUCCUCUUCUUCCAGCACGCAGCCGUCCGUCCGGUGGAAGGAUCAGGGCUUUGAACUGGGCGACUUCCUCGGCCAGGGGGCGAUGGGCACGGUGUUCAAGUGUUUCCGCGGCGGUAAAACCUACGCGGUCAAACGUAUCGAUUUGGCGAAGCUGCGGCUGCGGAACAACGAACAGAGGCUGAGGCAGCGCCUCAUACGAGAGAUCAGCAUCCUGCAAAACCUCGGGAUGCACGAAAACAUCGUCGGGUAUAUGGGAAAUUAUUUUUUGCUUCGUAGUUUCUUUUGUUGUCUUUUGGAUUUUUUGCUUCUUGAAGACAUACAGAUGCGUCAUGAGCAAGAGCAUGUUGCAACUACAUUUUUGGCAGCAAAAGUAAGUCCUAGGUAGAGGUUUUCUACUAUUACAAAACUAUAAUUCAGGUACGAAGGCUGCUACGAUGAAAAGGAGACGCAACUGCUCUUCAUCGUGCAGGAAUAUGUGGCCGGCGGCGAGCUUCUCGCGCAGAUCAUCGAGCGCACCUUUUUCGAUCCGGAAGCGAGCUAUGUGUUACGCGGCCUGGUCCGCGGACUCCAGUUUUUGCACCAAGCUCACAUUGCGCACAGAGAUUUGAAGCCAGAAAACGUGCUGAUUGGCAGCUCGCAAAACGUCGCCAGAAUGCGCAUGCACGACGUCAAAAUCGCCGAUUUUGGUAUAGUGGUCAGAAUUUACUCGUCUAGUUGUAUGAGCGAUGUUUACUGCUACAACAUGUACAUACGUCUGCAAUCUCUACUUUUCCUUUUGGUUGGCUUGCUAUAAUUUCAUGCACACAUCAAAGUAUGUGAAAUUGGCACAACGAUUUCGGUGAAAAAUAACGCAUGACGCUUAUUCCAAACUCUUAUAAUAACAGGUCUUUCCAAGGAGAUCGCCACGGAUUCGAACCCGCUGAUGAACAAGUUUGCGCAAACGCACCAGUCCUGCGUCGGCACGCCGAUGUACGUGGCCCCGGAGGUUUUUGACAAGAAGCUCGAGGCUUCGUUCGGCGUGGACAUCUGGGCGUGCGGGGUGAUUCUCUUCGUGAUGCUCGAGGGCAAAUUCCCGUUCAACGAGACGCUGAACACGGCCGAGCGGGACUACGACACGGCCUUCAAUUUGUUCCGGAAAAAACAAACGGCGAGCGCGCAACAGGCCCUGUUUGGCAUGCUCAAGGCGAACCCGGCUGAUCGAUGGAGUAUAGAUGUUUUUUUUUGUAACUUCUUGCCAUACAACGAUGGGCCAAACCUCGUAUUAGUUUUGAAGAAUUGACUCCACCAAUUUGCAUUGUAUCAUAAAUGAAUGGAAAUUGAAUAAAGAGGUACUCGUACUAGUCGAACAAAAUGAAAACUCUGUCCUAUCAGGUACAGAAAAGAUCCUGGAUUGCAAGUUUUGCAAGGUCGCGGACGAGUUUCUUGAGGACUACAAAUCUGGCAAAGUCGCGACGUACCCUGUCGUUCCCAGUCCGGGCGGCGACAGUGGCACCGACCACGAAGACGCAAUGGAACAAGAGCCGGUUAUGGAAGGUAACUUUUUCUAUCUCAAUCUCAUAUUUUGCGAGCGUUUUAGGAUUUAGGGCUUCUUCAUAAUUUCUGUCCACAAAUGCGAAUUGGAUACAGUUCCUGAAGCUGUCGUUCACGGGAGAAAUUAAAAUGAAUUUAAAACCACCAAGAUCCGCCAGACAAACGCAGCAAAAUGAAACUACAAACCCCCACCACAGGUACCGGCCCCGCCUCUGCCGUCGGCGAGCGGCGCACGCCGAAGGACGUGCGUGCGCUGUUUGAAUCCGAGGAACAGGAGGGCAUGAUCCCGGCCCCCAUUUCCGUCACCCCCGCACAGGAGGAAACAAACGAAAGCCCGCGACGGAAGCGCGCGAAACUGGAGCGGGAACAGAAGGACAAAAGUCGCCAUCCGAGCCCCGCGCAAGCGCCACAGCAAGGACAAACGGCCGGUGGUAGCAGCAGCUCAUCUUCCAAUCAAAACCAUCCGCCGCCACAGCAACUCGCCAUGACAAACGACCAAGCUUGGGUGUGGGGCGCUGGAGGUGGUGCAGCUCCAGGUGGGGGAACAAACAAUACGACCAAUUGGCAAACGCCGUUCGGAACAAAUUCAUCUGCGAAUGACGGUAAGGGGAACAAGAAGGGAAAGGGGAAGAAGGGCAGUGGUGGAGACAAAAACAACAAUACCAUGAAGCCGCCUGCUGGACCGCCAAAUUCUUGGGCGAACAAAAACAACAAUAAUAACCAGCAGGGCGGUGGGUCCUCGUCUAGUACCGCAAAUAACGUGAACAACAACAUGAAAGACGGCACGACUACUUCUGGUGCAGCAAACAACAUGGAGGGUGUUGUCGAAAACCCUUCGUUAACCCCGGGAGAUGGUGACCAGCACAGAAAUAGCCAACAGAACAACAACAAUAACCCAAACCAGUCCAACAAGCGACAGCGCUUCCCGUCCGGGGGCCCGAACGACGUCAUGUUGAACGGAAGCAGUCAAAAUCAAAACGACAACAGCAAUUCCAACAUCUACACGGGCGUCGGCCUGCGGAACCCCGACCAGCAGCCGAAGAACAGCUCGCCGGUGAUGCGGCCCUGGUGUCACAACCAGCCCAUGCUGAUUCGGGAGAACAAGACGAACAAAAGGCAGUUUUGGGGGUGCGUCAAGUACCCAGACUGCACGAAUACGGAAAAUUACCCGCUGUUCUGCAUGUUCUGCGGCACCGAGACGAAGUUUCGCCGAAAAGCGAAUUCCGGAUUUUUCCAGUGUCCGCAGCCGUUUUGCCGCUUCAAGAAGCAGAUCCCGGAAGUGCCGCCCGUCUGCAUGGUGUGCCAAGAUCAGCGAAUGGAGAUCCGGAAAAAACAGGCCAACGGACAGAAAUUCUGGGGCUGUUUGAGCUACCCGCAGUGCAAAGGGACAAAACAGUACCACGGGACGAUGUGAGGAUUAUUUUUCCGUUUGUCGACGUUGCUCUUCUGCUUCUGCAGAAGACGCUGUUCUUUGGAGUGGUUUUGAAACUGCUGAUGUUGGCUCCUUGCUUCUACCCCCCUUGACUCAAAGAAGAAAAUUAAAAUUACUACCUGGAACUCACCCCCGGGCUCAGACAGAACAAUCAGAAGAUCAGAUUGUACUGGUUUUGAUGUAGCGCAACGCCUUUGGAUCGUGAAGAGAAUUGCAUAGCUACCCCCACUACAACUAGACCGACCCGCCAUAGACAACUUUUCUGACCCACCUACGACCUUGUGUGAUUUUGAGUGGUGUGAAAUAGGCAACAAUUUAAAGAAAAAAUAAAAAACGAAAAAACGACAAAGCAUACGAAAAAGACCGCAGAUCGGA